AUUUUGCAAAAGUAUUCUAUCCAAAAAAUAAUAAUAAUCCGCAGACAAGUGGACGCGUAGGAUCACCCCUGACAAGAUUGGAGAUGGACGGUUAGGAGCUCGUUACUGAUAGCUAAACCCUUUUUACUUUUGAGUGAGACGACUUCGGUUUUUUGGUCAGAUAGAUCUUCGUACUUCCUCCUCUGUCUUUGUCUUCCCCAGUUGUGUUUCACCCAAACUCUCAAGGUCUUUUAUCAAAUGGCAGACACAAAGCAAACCCUGAGGAAACCAACCUUCACAAAGGUUGGGCAGCUCCGCCCAGGCACCUCUGGUCACACUCUCACUGUAAAGGUCGUUAGUACUAAGAUGGUAUUGCAGAAGGGACGUGCUGAUGGCCCUCAACUACGCCAAAUGCGAAUUGCUGAAUGCUUGGUUGGUGACGAAACGGGAAUGAUAAUCUUUACAGCUAGAAACGAUCAAGUGGACUUGAUGGUAGAGGGUUCAACUGUAACCCUGCGGAAUGCCAAAAUUGACAUGUUCAAAGGAUCAAUGAGACUUGCUGUGGACAAAUGGGGCCGUGUGGAAGUUGCUGAGCCUGCCAGUUUUACCGUGAUGGAAGAUAACAACCUCUCACUCAUUGAAUAUGAACUUGUCAAUGUUGUUGAAGAGUAACUUUUCUGAACAGAAUCGGGUUCUCUGGUACUUAACCCAAAUAAAAAGAAAUCUAAUGAAGAAAAUUUAUGUUGUUAUAUGUUGGGACCUUUCCUUUACCUUAGCAGCAAAUAGUUUGAGACCUUUGGUUGUACUG